AAAAGCUUCAAACUUCAACGAGUUGCCUGCCAUGCCGGUGCCACCUCUCGGCGCAUCGCUACAAUUAAAAACUUUCAGCUAAAAACCGCGAAUUCGAGUCUUCGAUUCCCAGAUCUCGCUCCAUUUCUCUCUUUCUCCACUCUCCCCCACCGGAACCGAACUUGGCAUUCACGCGAAAAUCGACUUCAGAUGGCGAAGCAGAGGACCUCCCGGUUCCCAGCGCGCAAGUCGUCGGCGUCGGCGGCGGCGUCGUCCUCGACCCUGAUCCUCACGCUGCUCGUCAUGUUCUCCUUCGUCGUGCUGAUCCUCCUCGCCCUCGGGAUUCUUUCGAUGCCCGGCAGCUCCUCCGGCGACAGGCCGAAGGCGAACGAUCUGGCCUCCAUCGUGAGGAAUACUGUUGAUAGGAGUAAGGAGGAUGAAGGUCGAGGAGAGCAGUGGGUGGAGGUCAUAUCGUGGGAGCCUAGAGCUUUCGUGUAUCACAACUUUUUGUCCAAGGAAGAAUGUGAGUACCUCAUUGAACUUGCAACGCCUCAUAUGCAGAAGUCAACUGUGGUCGAUAGUGAAACUGGCAAGAGUAAAGAUAGCAGGGUACGUACAAGUUCCGGAACAUUUCUGGCAAGAGGACGUGAUAAAACAAUUAGAGACAUUGAGAAAAGAAUUGCAGAUUUCACCUUCAUUCCUGUAGAGCAUGGAGAAGGACUUCAAAUGCUGCACUAUGAAGUUGGGCAGAAGUAUGAGCCACACUUUGAUUACUUCCUUGAUGAAUAUAAUACCAAGAAUGGUGGUCAGCGCAUCGCUACACUGCUCAUGUACCUUUCAGAUGUCGAGGAAGGAGGUGAGACAGUCUUUCCUGCUGCCAAAGGGAAUAUUAGUGCUGUUCCUUGGUGGAAUGAGCUAUCUGAAUGUGGGAAGGGGGGUUUAUCUGUUAAACCGAAGAUGGGGGAUGCCUUGCUCUUCUGGAGCAUGAGACCUGAUGCCACAUUGGAUGAAUCUAGUUUGCACGGUGGUUGCCCUGUGAUUAAGGGUAAUAAGUGGUCAUCUACCAAAUGGAUGCGGGUCCAUGAGUACAAAGUCUGAAUAAUCAUACGGAAGGUUCUAAUGAAGUUUCUUGAAGUGAUGCUGUUAUCAUACAGGAAAGUCUAAGAUGAAUCAUAAUUCCUUGCGUUUCAGAUCCACUCAUAGUCCUGUGCGAGCAGAUCAAUCCUCCAUGUUGUACAUCUUGGGUCAUUGCUUUUGUGCUGACUGCGAGUACUUACUGUUGUUGAAACUUGAGAUAGAGCUGUAGAAAAGACAAAGCAGGAAGAUAUAUAUAUAUAUAUUUUUUUUUUGUUAAGAAUUUUCCCUUUAGAAGGAACUGUAGUUCUUGAGAUGCUGACGAGAAUGAUCGAGAUGCCAAAUUCGAGGUUAUAUAUUCUUUCUUUUAUUGGUA